UAUAUCAUUGGCUCCAUUUUUCAAAUCAUAGUAACAGAGCUUGGUUGUUAUUUCUGCUGAAAACUAAGCAUACAAUGGACAAAGAAGUCGAUGAAACAUAUUCGGGAGUGAAAGAGUAUUCAGAGAAUUACUUCACAGAUGUGAUGCAAUUCGCUGAUUUCGGUCCGAGGUUAUCAUUGAACCAGACAAGGAAUGUUUCUGAAGAUGAGAAUUAUUUUUCUAGAUUUCCGAUUUCAAAUGAGAAAAUGCAAGAGGAUGCAUUCAUGGUUGUUACUCCUCCAAUGCCAUUGGCCUUUCCACCAUUAGGUGUUAGGGAAAGAAAUGAAGAAGAGAAUGAAGAAGGUAGGUUUUCGGAGAAUGCCUCAUCAGUGCAACAACAGUGUUUUGUCACUGGAUUCAAUGAGAAAAUGGUUGGUGGUGAAGGGAAGAACAAGAGGAGAAAGACGAGGACGAUGAAGACGACCGAGGAGGUAGAGAGCCAAAGGAUGACUCAUAUUGCUGUUGAAAGGAAUCGGAGAAAGCAGAUGAAUGAACAUCUCAGAGUUUUGAGGUCUCUCAUGCCAAGCUCAUAUGUGCAAAGGGGAGAUCAAGCAUCUAUUAUCGGUGGUGCAAUUGAAUUUGUUCGAGAACUAGAGCAACUCCUUCAAUGCUUAGAAUCGCAAAAAAGGCGAAGAAUAUUUGGUGGUGGAGAAGCACAUAGAAACAUAGGAGAUGUUUCUUCGAUACCAAUUCAACAAUGCCAACAACCUCCAUUGUUUUCGCCCAUCGAAAUUCAAGAUGGUGAUCAAAUGAAGCUCCCGGAGUUCCUUCCAAAUGGUCCGAGGGAGGAAAUGGCGGAAAAUAAGUCAUGUGUAGCAGACAUUGAGGUUAGACUUUUAGGUUUCGAUGCGAUGAUCAAGAUACUCUCAAAGAGAAGGCCAGGACAACUUCUAAAAACUAUUGCGGCACUUGAAGAGAUGCAACUCAGUAUCCUUCACACUAAUAUCACUACUAUUGAGCAAACUGUUCUCUAUUCCUUCAAUGUCAAGAUUAUGGUUGAAACAAGGAGCAGUGCCGAAGAAAUUGCUAACUCAGUUCAGCAAAUACUUAGUUUCAUAGACGCAAGCACAAUUUGAUUUUAUUUUAUAUGAAUAUUUCGAUGAUAAUUAUAUGUGUUUAGAGUGAUUAAUUACAUGAAGGUGAGCAGCUUGUUGAAUUCUGAUUAUUUGUAUUUAAU